AUGCCUUGUUUAGUUGAUACACGAUCCAAGAUAAGCCUUGGAGUUGGAGAUGAAUUGGUUACUUCAGUGCCAGAUAAAAAGGACUCACUCUGCCAACAAGAUGAUCAGUCACAGGGUGAUGAUACGCCGACAUCUUCAGGGCCGGAUCUACCCGAGGUCUGGUCUUGUAUUUUGCAAAGACUAGGCCUAAUUGCUGUUGCUCCACAACCCACCACUGGCUGGUUCUCAAGCUGGUGGUGCCAAGUUCUCAAUCAAGUUCCCAAAGAAUUCCAAAAAGGGCUUAACUGCCUCAUUAUCUUGGAUAUCUGGUGCCUUGUACAUUCCCUAAUGCCAUUGUGUGAUUCUGCCCACUCUGCCUGUGUCUCUCGCACAUUUCUACGUUCUUGGAGAUGCCACCCCAAGCUUAUCUUCACUGAGGAAACACUAGGCUUGAAACGGACGGAAGCAAGGGAUUUCACUAGCAGAGUUAAUCAAAUUCUGAAAAAUCACUCAGACACCAGUGUGAAGAUACUUGAGUUUGUAUUUGAUGAUUGUAACAAUGUCAACACAUGUCAUCUAAAUAGUUGGCUCCAGAAAGCUGUCACGCCAGGGAUUGAAAAAAUCACCCUUUUUCUGCCUUGGCGAUAUAGGGAAGAGUACAACUUCCCGUGCUCAAUUUUACUUGAUGGGCGUGGAAACUCAAUUUGUUAUCUUGACCUCACCAAUUGUGCCUUCCAUCCCAUGGUUGGAUUUGAUUGCUUGAGAAGCCUGACAAAGCUGCGUCUCUAUGGAGUUUGUAUCACGGGGGAUGAGUUGGGGCAUCUUAUUUCCAAUUGUUUUGCUUUGGAGGAGUUGCAAGUCUGGUGUUGCAUGGAGCUAAUCUGCUUGACGAUACCAUUCUGGCUGCAGCGGCUUAGUUGUUUGACUGUGUCAGAGUGCAAUAUGCUGCGAGUGAUAGAGAGCACAGCUCCAAACUUCACCACUUUAGACUUCUUUGGUGAACCAGUACAACUCGUGCUUAGAGAAUCAUCAAAGGUCAAACACUUGAAGGUGGGGUAUUCAUAUAAGCCCAAUGCUGUAAGUUAUGCUAUCACUAAGCUACCUUCUAUUGCGCCACAUCUUCAGACUCUUGCUAUAUACUCGUCUUCUGAGACGGUUAAUACCCCAAUGGUAGCUGACAAAUUCCUUGACAUAAAGCACUUGAAUAUUCACCUUGGUGAGGAUGAUGAUGAUGCUGUUACCCCGACCUAUGAUUAUUUAUCCUUGGCUUCGUUUCUGGAUGCUUGUCCUGUCCUGGAGAGUUUCACCUUAAGUGUAGAUCAGAGUGAUAUGCAGCAUGAGUCGGUUUUUGGAGAUCCCUCCUUAUUUUUGAGGCAGAUUCUUCAACACGAGCAUGAGAGGCUCAAGAAGGUGCAGAUCAUUGGCUUUUGCUCUGCAAAGAGCAUGGUGGAGCUAACAUGUGAUAUUCUCAAGAAUGCAACAUCACUUGAGAGCCUCACACUGGACUGUAUAUUUGGUGCCGGUACGGGGGCGAUUAGUGAUUCUGUUAGGUGUGGUCCCUCAAAAUCCGGUAAAUGCUGGAUCAGAAGCCGAGCUAUGAUCUUGGAAGCACAUAAAGCAGUUGGUGCCAUCAAAAGAUACAUCCUGGAGAGAGUUCCCCCUGCAGUCAAGUUAAAUGUUGGGGGGCCCUGUAGCCGGUGCCAAGCUAUGAAUGUGAUGCUACCGUAA